AUGGCCUCAGGCGUUGGCAUAUUCUUCGGCAUCCUCAUCCUGCUGCUCGUCAUCGGCGGCGUCGCCUGGGUCGCCUACACGCGCAUCCGGGCGAAGCGUCUCGGCCUGCCGCCACCGCCGCUGAACCCGUUCGCGCGCGGGUCGCGCUCGUCCUUGGGCGGCGACAGCUACCCGGCGCCCGCACCUAGCGGCAUCGUCGGCUGGGUCAACGACAAGAUCAGCGCGCUCAAGAACGGCCGCGGCGGCCGCAACAACGCUCGCUACGCUGCCGGCGCCUACGAGGAGCCCGGCGCCGCCAGGGCCGCCCGCAACCGCGGCACCCUCGACCCGGACGAGGCCUGGGACGCACGCGUCGGCAACGAGGCCGACUACGGCUACGGCUACGAGGAGGAGCAGGAGCUCGGCCUGCGCGACCCCCAUGCCGGCACGACUCCGUAUGGCGGCGGCGGCUACGCCGGUUCCGGCAUGUACGCGGCGCCCCCACACAGCGCGGGCUUGAGCGCUGGUUCCGAGCGUGGCCGCAGUAGGACGCGCGAGCUAGACGAGCGCUACGAUGAGGAAAUGGGCCACAGCCGUGGAGCAGAGAACCCUUUCGGCGACAACGCCGAACGCAGCAACCUUCGUGGCGUCAGCCCCAGGCCGGCGGACUCGGCCGCGCGAGGCGGCGCAACCGGUGACAGCCCGUCGGAGUCGAGGAGGAGCAUGUUCAGGGAAGAAGUUUAA